AUGCAGCUGGCCCCAGCCCUUCUGACCACUCUACUGCUGCUGUCCCUGGUUAUCCAAGGACAGCCUCAGCUGGUAAAGACUGUGCCAGGCCACGUGGAUAAGGAUGGCAUAUGCUAUUGUGUGGCUUACCUGCCCAACAACAUCAUCCCCUUGAAACAGUUGGAACAGCUACUGCAAACAGCCCAGGGACUCAUGGGCAAGUAUGAGCAGGAGCUGUCCAGGGUCAGUGAGCAUGCAUGCGCCACUGAAGGUCCCAAUAACCAGAUCCUAGAAAUGAAUGGAGCCCGGAAGUCCAGGAAUUCUACUGCCCCUGUUGACUCCUAUGAGUCCCCAGCCUUCAACCUGCUGCGCCUGGAGCUGGAGGGAAUACAGCAGUUGGCGGCUCAGCUUAAAACUAAGGGAAGAGUUGGUGCAGCUGGAGAACUUCUCUACCAACUCCAGAGGCAGGUGGCUAACGCCAACCUCACACUCAAGCUUCUGGCUGACUCUGACCAGCGCAGCUUCCGCACCCUUCGCCAGGAAGUGGAUGCCCUUGUGAGCCAGCUAAGCAAGUGUGAGAGAGAGAAAGAGCAAGAAGAGGCCGCCAGAAACCCUGGCCCAUCCUUGCCCCCUGGUUCUUGCGCCCAUGGAGGCCUCCAGAAAGUCAGCAGACCCCUUGUGGUGCAGCUCAAUUGGAGAGGCUUCGCUUACAAGGCAGGAGCCUGGGGCCGAGACUCAGCACCCAACUCAUCCUCUCCCCUCUACUGGGUGGCCCCUCUGCUAGAUGGCAGGUACUUUGACUACUACCGCCUGCACAAGUCUUAUGAUGACCUGGUACUGCUGAAGAACUAUAAGCAGUGGAAGAUGGGCUACGGUGAUGGCAGUGGCAAUACUGUGUACAAGAACUUCAUGUACUUUAACUACUAUGGCACAGGUGACAUAGCCAAAGUGGACCUUUCUUCCAACACCUUGGUUCUGCAGCGUCCAUUGCCUGGUGCCACCCACAAUAACCGCUUCUCCUAUGCUGGUGUGCCUUGGAAGGACUUAGAUUUUGCCAGUGAUGAGAAGGGGCUGUGGGUGCUCUAUGCCACAGAGGAGAGCAAGGGCAACCUGGUUGUGAGUCGCCUUAAUACCAGCACCCUAGAUGUGGAAGAAACCUGGCGCACCAGUCAGUACAAGCCAACCUUGUCAGGGGCCUUCAUGGCCUGUGGGGUGCUCUAUGCCUUACGCUCUCUGAGCACCCGCCAAGAGGAGAUCUUCUAUGCUUUUGAUACCACCACUGGACAGGAGAGCUAUAUCAGCAUCUUGCUGGAUAAGAUGCUGGAAACGCUGCAGGGCAUCAACUACUGCCCCAUAGAUCACAAGCUGUAUGUCUAUAAUGAUGGCUACCUGGUCAAUUAUGACCUCACCUUCCUGGCACUGGAACACAAGCUACCAACACCACCAGCCAAAAGGCCUCCUGAGGCUUGGGCUCCACCCAAAGCUGCCAAACCCAAAAAGCGCUCCAGGCUCUGA